UGCUACCCUAGUGUCUUUCAGCAAAAGCUCUACAAACAACCACAGUGUUUUGAUUGUGUCCAGUUCCCUCACUUGUUAUCUCUAGUCGCUGUGGGCCUGGAGCUCUGGACCAGGGCUUCAGCUGGGUGGGGAAGAGAAGGACGGCUACUGUCUGACGGACCGGGAUCAUGUUCGGCUCGUUGGUUCUGUUCGCCGUCGUCUUGUGGUUCUUCAAUUUCCUGUUGAGGAACAGAAGAGGGAAGAACUUCCCUCCAGGGCCGUCAGCACUACCCCUCCUCGGGAACCUCCUGGAAUUCAGCUCUGAGAACCCCAUUCCAGAUCUGAGCCGGCUUGCUCGUCGCUAUGGCAACGUGUACAGCCUGUUCCUCGGCCCCCAGAAGGUGGUUGUGGUCAACGGCCUCCAGGCGCUGAAGGAAGCCUUCGUCACCAGGGCCGCAGACUUCUCUGGACGACCCCAUGGCCUCCUGCUGAACGACGCAUCCCAGCGGAAAGACUGGGCUCCGGGACUGGCGCUGGCCGGGUACGACGCCCAGUGGCGGGACCACCGUCGCUUCGGCCUCCAGGUGCUCAGGAACUUCGGCCUGGGGAAGAAGUCCAUGGAGGAGAGGAUCCUCCAGGAGACCCAGCAGGUGGUGAAGCUGCUGGAGGAGAGCGCCGGGUCAGAGGUCAAUCCUCAGCUGCUGUUCCAUAAACUCGCCUCCAACAUCGUCAGUCGGGUCGUCUUCGGUCCGAACUACGACCACAACGAUCCCUUCAUGAAGUUCUCCAUCAGGGCCGUCAGAGAGAACGUCAAGAUCCUCAACAGCGCCUGGUCCAUGGAGUUGAAUGAGAAGACAGCGGAGGUGAUCCAGGAGCACAAGAGCAGCAGGCUGCCAGGGGAACAGCGAGACGUGAUGGACUGCUACCUAGAGGAGAUGGACAAGAGAGAAGACGGUUUGUCGUUCUCAGAAGAUCAGCUCUGCUCGUUUGCUCAAGAUCUUCACAUGGCUGGAACGGACACCACGUCCAACACCCUGCUGACUGGGGUCCUCUACAUGAUGGCUCACCCCCACAUACAAGAGCGAUGCCAGCAGGAAAUAGACUUUGCAUUGGAGGGGAAGGACAAGGUUGCUUUUGGAGACAAGCAGAAGAUGCCUUACGUGCAGGCGGUGAUCCAUGAGGUCCAGAGAGUGGCCAACAUUUUACCACUCAGUAUCUUUCACUGCACCACUAAAGACACCCAGCUGAUGGGAUUCUCCUUACCCAAGGGAACCAUCGUGGCCCCCAACAUGGCGUCUGUGCUGUUGGAGGAGGGCCAGUGGAAGUUCCCCCACGACUUCAACCCGGAGAACUUCCUCGACGACCAAGGAGAGUUUGUGAAGCCAGAGGCCUUCGUGCCAUUCUCCUUGGGACCCCGGGCUUGUCUGGGCGAGGGGCUGGCCCGCAUGGCGCUCUUCCUGGUGUUUGUGACUCUGCUGAGGAGGUUCCGGUUCGUCUGGCCAGCGGGGGCUGGAGAACCAGACCUUAGUCCCGUCUUUGGGUUCGCCAUGAGCCCACAACCCUACAAACUGGAGGUCCGCUGUAGAGAGACGGCAGAUCAUUAACAACAAGAUGGAUUUGAGUAUG